AUGAGUCAGGAUGAAAAUAUAGAAUCAAUUGAUAGACAGAUAUUACGACGCUAUGAGAUCAUUCAAAAGAUCGGUAAGGGUGCUUAUGGUGUCGUUUGGCGAUGCAUAAAUAAACAAAACGGCCAAGUAGUUGCUUUGAAAAAGGCUUUUGGUGCUUUUGGCAAUUUAACAGAUGCACAAAGAACGUAUAGAGAAAUUACUUUCCUCAGACAAUUAAAAGACUGUCCAGCAAUUGUUAAACUUCUCGCAGUUCAUAAAGCAGAAAACGAUCAAGACAUUUACAUGGUAUUUGAAUGCCUAGAAACAGAUGUACAUGCUGUGAUUCGUGCAAAUAUACUUCUAGAUGUUCAUCAUCGCUUUAUCUUCUGGCAAUUAUUAGUCGCGCUUAAAUAUGUUCAUUCAGCAGGAGUUAUUCAUCGUGAUUUAAAGCCAUCAAACCUUCUCAUUAACAGUGACGCCACUAUUAAAUUAUGCGAUUUUGGUUUGGCUCGUGCGAUUGAUGAAGAUGGUCAAACAGAAGAUUUAACAGACUACGUUGCUACAAGAUGGUACAGAGCACCAGAAAUCCUCUUCGGAUCCAAUUCCUAUACAUCAUCGGUAGAUAUGUGGGCUGCUGGUUGCAUUUUAGCGGAACUUGUCAGCGGAAGACCGCUUUUCCCUGGCUCUUCGACAAUGGAUCAGCUUGAGAGAAUAGUUGCAUAUACAGGACCGCUUUCUGAGCAACAGAUUGAAAGUAUGGUUUCUAACUUCACAUCUACAAUGCUUUCUAACCUAUCUUACUCAAGACCGAAAUUCUAUCUCGAAGAAAAGUUACCAGAUGCACCUCCAGAUGCUAUUGACCUUAUUAAGAAAUUAAUUUCGCUAAAUCCAGCAGAUCGUCCUACGGCAGCCGAAUGCCUAGAACACCCUUACGUAGCUCAGUUCCAUAAACCUGCUCGAGAGCCAGAUGCUCCAGAACAUGUAACAAUGGCUCUAAGAGACGAUGAAAAACAUACAAUUAGAAACUUCAGAAAUCAAAUAUAUAAGGAGGCUUGCACACCAACAGAUAUGGGUGUCCAAAAAAGAGCCGGCGUAAAGCGUCCUACUACAACAUCUCGAAAUUCAAGGCUUCAGCAUUAA